GUUUGUUUUGAAUCAAACAGCGUCUAUGUUCGUUAAAACUUUCUUUCAGAAGUUGACGAAUUUAUUUCACUUGUGCAGAAAGCAUUGGAAAAAUUAGCUCUAUUGUAGAUCACCUAAAAUUAUUGACUGUACUACGUACGUGACUGAGUGUUUAUAAAGCUUGCAAACAUCUCGUGGUGUAAAACUGAUCUGGACGAUUUCUCUUAAUUCAGAAUGGAAAAGUUGAUUCCACAAAAUUCCGAUACGAAGGAUAGCGUGGAGGGGACUGUGGAGGAAGAUUUAUUUAGUUUCCCGUUGAUGUCAUUGACAUUCAAAGACAUUCAAGAUGGAGAAAGAAAUAACUGGAUGAAUGAUGUUGAACAAUUGAAACUUGCGGCAAUUUACGAUGACAAACAAACGAUCAUAGAUAUAUUGAGACCUAUAAUCACCAGUGACAAGAAAAUUCAAAAAUUACUCUCGACUCAUGAUGAAAGGGAGCAACCAAGUAUAUUUUAUGCCUUGGAGUCACGAAGUCUUAAUUGUCUUUCGUGCUUGUUAGACUACGUUAAGGACCACCAGUGCAUAAUAGCUUAUAAUGGAGAAAGUGUUCUUCAUGUAGCCACGAGAAUGGGUGACGAAGGUAUUCUUCGUAUGUUGUUGAAAAAUAAAUUAAUUGCUCGUCUUGUAAAUCAUGUCGAAAGUGAAAAUGGUCGAUCACCACUUCAUUUUGCCGCAAAGUUCAACCAUCUCGAGAUCGCAAAGGUGUUGUUGGAACACGAUGGAAAGAUAACACGGAUUGACACCACAGAACGAUCACCAUUGUACAUUGCUGCUUCUAAGGGCCAUGCUAAAAUGCUCGACCUUUUUCUAAAACAAGGAAAAUACAAUGUGAAUGACCUACGCAAAGUACUUCAUGCUGCUGUGAACAGUGGAGAUGAAAGUACAGUAAAAGUUUUUCUUGAACAUGACGACGAUAUCGGCCGAGACUGUUUACAAGAAGAAAUCAAUGAUAGCUAUUUGAUUCAUGAUAUUUGUAAAAAGGGAAUGGAGAAUAUUUUGUCACAAUUAGUGUCGAAGACAAAAGAUAUAGUUGCUCUGCAAAUGAAGAGAAAGGAUAAACAGGGAUUUACUCCACUACAUCAAGCUGUAAUCAAAAAUCAAAACAGUCUUGUUAGGUACAUUGGAUCAAUGAACACGGAUUUUGUAAAUGAAAAGACAGAAAAUUCUCAGUCUGCUUUAGUCCUCGCUACAGAACGUGGUUAUCAGCAGGUCGUCGAGGAACUGCUGUGUCUGAAGGCUGAUUUUAGCAUCCUCGAUGGCAGCAAUGGAAACAGAACAGUUCUUCACUAUGCAGUCGCUUAUCCUAAAAUAUUAAAAAUUUUACUAUAUGUAAGCUAUUAGAUUAUAGAGAUGGAU